AAGAGCGACAAAGAUGAGCAAUCGUCAUUUGCACAAUGUCGAUAAACGAUUUACCUAUGCAGUUUAAUAAAAAUAGCCGAUAAUCAUUACAUAUAAAUGUCGUCUUAAUUUAAUAAUAGUAACGUUGUAAAUAUUUAAUUAUUCGUCUAAUUGGUACAGGGCUGCCGUCCCCCAAUUUAGCCAGUGUUGCUGAGGCAUAAAUACAUGAAAUUAGAAUUGUAUCACUUCAUUCAGCUUAUAAAAUAAGGUUGGAAGUCGGGGGAUUAUUAUAAAUAUUUGUAAAGUUGACAUCUAAUAAUAUUUCACUUUCAUGAUGAAAGUUUCAUCAUUACCUAUUUUAAUUCCUUCAGACUUAAAAAGACGCACAAAUAUUUCAAGCUAAUUUAAUGUGGAGAUAAAUCAAUUUACAGAUUUCGCAAAAGUUGACUGAAAAUUCUUGAUUUGACUUUUGUGAUCAUAUAAUCUGUAAUGCAGCCGGCGUUUGAUUUGUUAUUGCAUCGACUUGCAGAUUCCAUAUUCGUAUGAUACGAACCGUAUCUACUGGAUUGCAGAAGUGUUUGUACACAUAUUAUGUACAAUACAAAUCGCACUGUGUUUCCAGACACCUGCUGUUUUUUUUUAUUUUCCACGUGUAAGUAGUGUUUAUGAAAAAAAUACAACAACAUUAUUAAAAUUAUUUAAAAAUUGAGACAAGAUGAGGAACGAAGAAUUGCGAGACUGUCAGGCCUGGAAAGACGAAGGACUCGUUUUAACCACAGCGUCCAACGAGGCUGCGAAAUUGUAUGAUUCAUGUUUAAGUCAGUACGUCGGGUGGUACGAUGACCCCCAAAUGGGAGGAUUGGAGACCACCUUAGAAGAGUUGGGUAACGCAGACCCUAAUUUUGUUUUAGGAAAAGCGUUCUCUAUCGGUUUACAACUUCUCGGAACGUCCGACACGAUAAAUUUGACCCCCACGUUAAAAACCGAGUACGAUUCCCUCCUCAACCUGAGUGACGAGCAGAGAGGAAAUAAGUCCUUAUCUGAAAGGGAAGCACUGCACGUGAAGGCAGUCUCCCUUUGGGCGCAAGGGUCACCCUCUUCCGCUGCACGUGUCUGGGAGGACAUCCUGUUGGAGUGGCCCACCGACCUUCACGCCCUUCGAAUGGCUCACGACACUUAUUUUUACCUUGGAGAUUCGCCCCAAAUCAUGGACUCCGUGGCACGCGUACUUCCCGAGUGGGAGGCAAAGCGACCCCCGAUGAAAAGUUAUCUGUACGGAUUUUACGCCUUCGGCCUCGAGGAGAACAAUCACUUCGAGCGUGCAGAACAAUACGCGAGGAAAGGAUUGGAGGAAAAUCGGUUCGACGGCUGGUCCACCCACGCUCUUGCACACGUGUUCGAAAUGGGGGGAAGGACUUCAGAUGGAAUUUCCUUCAUGGAGGGUACCCUGUCAGACUGGGAGAGGUGUAACUACCUCGCGUGCCAUAAUUACUGGCAUGUCGCCCUGUACCAUGUAGAGAAUGAGAAUUAUGAAGAGGCAGCGCAGAUUUUGGAGGAACAAUUACUCACGAGAGCUACCACCUCAAAAUCCAUGUUGGACAUGGUGGAUUGCUCGUCCCUUCUCUGGCGUCUAAAUAUGCUCAACCCCUCCUCCCUCCGCGGGCGAAAAACGUGCCAAACCGCGUCCAAUAUUUGCAGCCUUCACUGCACCAAACAUGUCACCACUUUUAACGACGCUCACACAAUAAUGGCUUUUACCACUUCCGGUUCCAGUGGAAAUUCUCUGGCUAGCGAACUUUUGGAAACGUAUUCUUCUCAAAAUGGUGAACUAGUAGACCAUCCCACCGUGGGGAGCAAGAUAUUGCAAGCUUUUUUAGAUUUCCGGGACGAAAAGUAUGUAAACGUUGUCGAAUUGUUGGAACCCAUUCGAAACGUUAUCACACCCAUCGGCGGAAGUAACGCGCAGCGAGACGUCUUUAAUUUAAUGCUUAUCAUCGCCGCGUUGAAAUCAACUAAUCCAAGGGACAAGAAACUAGCGAAAGUGUUGAUCAAUGAGAGGGAAGCGCGUAAAGGUAGGAGCACAAAGUUGUCGGAAAGGUUGGGCGUUUUGGCUCACACUGCAUAAAUUGACUUUCAACAAUAUGUAAAUUUAUAAGGAAAUUGUUUAAUGUGAAAUAAAUCUGUUUGAUUUUUGUCGAUCUUA